CCGGGGGAGGGGGCCCGGUCCGGAGGACUUUCCAGCCACUCAGCGUUCAUCAAAAAGUUCCCUGUACAUGACCCCAGUGGCUCAUCGCAGGGAGUUUCUCUGAUGAACCUGGGCGCGGGAUUUAGGCUUCUUUUUCCCCCUAGCAGAGGAUGAGGCCAGUUCUCUUUUCUGGUCUGACUGGCUUGGAAAUUCCCCGCGCCUGACCCCGCCCCGGAGAAAUCCCCUGCCAGCGUUUAUAGGGCGCCGCGGCGGCGCUGCCGAGCCCACAACAGUCCGAGCCCGCCGUCCCGCCCGCCUGCGACACCGCGAGCAGCCAGCGCGCCGCGCAGCCCGUGGCCCGCGCACCUGGGGAGCAGCGCCCGCGCCUCCGCCGCGCCAUGUUCCAGCCCGCCGAGCCCGGCCAGGAGUGGGCCAUGGAGGGCCCCCGGGACGCGCUCAAGAAGGAGCGGCUGCUGGACGACCGCCACGACAGCGGCCUGGACUCCAUGAAGGACGAGGAGUACGAGCAGAUGGUGAAGGAGCUGCGGGAGAUCCGCCUCGAGCCGCAGGAGGCGCCGCGCGGCGCCGAGCCUUGGAAGCAGCAGCUCACCGAGGACGGAGACUCGUUCCUGCACUUGGCUAUCAUCCACGAAGAGAAGGCGCUGACCAUGGAAGUGGUCCGCCAAGUGAAGGGAGACCUGGCCUUCCUCAACUUCCAGAACAACCUGCAGCAGACUCCACUCCACUUGGCUGUGAUCACCAACCAGCCAGAAAUCGCUGAGGCACUUCUGGAAGCUGGCUGUGAUCCUGAGCUCCGAGACUUUCGAGGAAAUACCCCCCUACACCUUGCCUGUGAGCAGGGCUGCCUGGCCAGUGUGGGAGUCCUGACUCAGCCCCGCGGGACCCAGCACCUCCACUCCAUCCUGCAGGCCACCAACUACAAUGGUCACACAUGUCUGCACUUGGCCUCUAUUCAUGGCUACCUGGGCAUCGUGGAGCUGUUGGUGUCCUUGGGUGCUGACGUCAAUGCUCAGGAGCCCUGCAACGGCCGAACUGCCCUCCAUCUCGCGGUGGACCUGCAGAAUCCCGACCUGGUGUCGCUCUUGUUGAAGUGUGGGGCUGAUGUCAACAGAGUCACCUACCAGGGCUACUCCCCAUACCAGCUCACCUGGGGCCGCCCAAGCAUCCGGAUACAGCAGCAGCUGGGCCAGUUGACCCUAGAAAACCUUCAGAGGCUGCCAGAGAGCGAGGAUGAGGAGAGCUAUGACACGGAGUCAGAGUUCACAGAGGAUGAGCUGCCCUAUGAUGACUGUGUGCUUGGAGGUCAGCGCCUGACGUUAUGAGCUUCAGAAAGUGUCUAAAAGAACAUGGACUUGUAUAUUUGUAUGAAAAGAGAGUUUUAUUUUUCUAAAAAAAAAAGAAAAAAGGAAGAAAAAAAAAAGGGUGUACUUAUAACCACACUGCACACUGCCUGGCCCAGAACAUUUUACUGUGGUGGAUUAGCCCUCAUUUGUUAUUUUCAUGAACUUUGGAAGAAGGGCAAGAAGGAUCAUUGGAAUUCAGAGAAAACCUCUUUUAAAUGUCACGUUUGGUGGGGUUUGGGGGGAAGGUUAUUCAAAAUUUGAUGAAAGGACUAUAUUUUAUUUAUUGUGCUUUUUGGUUGAAUCACCGUGGAUUCAGUGGCUGGUCUCAGUUGUAUCACGUGACAUGUAACAAUCAGGUGUGUUGUUAAACCUGUCAGUAGGGUGGGGUUAUAAAGCCGCUACCUGUCAAGGUUUGUGUUACCCUCCUGUAAAUAGUGCACAUAGUGUAUUUUGUUAGUAAUUAUUUUGGUACUUUUAAGAUGUAUAUUUAUUAAACAGAUUUUUACAAACAGAA